UGAUCUUUAGGUUUAGGGAUAGGGUUAGGGAUAGGGGAUAGAAUAUACAGUUUGUACAGUAUAAAAACAUUACGCCUAUGGACUGUCCCCACGGGGAUAGUCAACCAAAGCCUGUGUGUGUGUGUGUGUGUGUGUGUUAGUUUAGUGUAAGCAGGAUAGCUAUGUGUUUUACACAUUGUCUUGUGUCAUUAGCUGUUGUUGUGGUGUUGUGUGCAGGUGGAUUCAGUGAAGUCGAGCUGUUAAAGAUCUGGAAAGGACUCUUUUACUGUCAAUGGAUGCAAGACAUGCCUGUGCUGCAGGAGGAACUGUCGACAAAAAUAUCAGCACUGCUCCACAGCUUCAGGACCGUUGACAGCCAGCUGCUGUAUUUUAAAACAUUUCUUCAGACUAUGAAGAGAGAGUGGAACGGCAUCGACAGACUGAGAAUGGAUAAAUUCUUCCAGCUGGUGCGUUUUGUCUUUCGGGAGAUGUUUAAAAUGCUCAGACGACAGGACUGGAAGUCCAGUCUGGUGAAUGAGUUUCUAGAGCUGAUCUCAGAAGAGCUCCUGCAGAGCUCCAGUUCAGCUCCGCCUGGACUCGUUCUUCACAUUCUGGAUCUUUAUAUGACUGAACUGGCUGUCGUCGGUUCAGAUAUGCUCACGGCCCAACAGAACCUAACCCUCAUUGAACCCUUCUGCAAGACUUUGGCCAAAACCAAAGAUCGGGUGCUGUUGAAGGCCAUUGGAAGUAACAUCUUCAACACCAUCGUGGAUCAGGUUCCUUAUGCCAUCGAGGAUCUGCUGCGAGAGAUUCAGGAGUCUGGUUCUGAGCGUGAUCGCAUGAAUCGUGUAGAUGAAGAUGAUGACGAUCAGGAGGAAGACAGUGGGGUUGUGCAGGAUGAUCUUUCUGACAUGAAGGAUGUUAAAGGUCACGGUGAAUGUGGACCCGUUCUUCAGUUUGACUACGGUGCCGUAGCCGACAGACUCUUUCAGUUGGCCAGUCUCACAUACAUCCCCAGCUUCAACCGCUCCAAAAUAUACAAGUUUGUGAAAAUAUUUCGAGACUUGGCUGAAGGUGUCUUCCCUCAGGAUGAGAUGGAGGAG